AUGCGCACUAUUUCCGCUCGGCUCCGUGAACUCGAAGGAAACAGUCCAGCUGAUUCCCCAAACCUAUCGGCACGAGGGACUGCUGCAGCAGUUGGGUUACACCGCAUUCUUACUGCUCCUAAAUCACCUACAUAUGUUGGUCCGACAAGUGCUGAGUUUGGGCUCGGUCGCCAGCGUCGGCUCGGUUCCGCGGACACCAACCUUGGAGACAACGGCAACGAUGACGAGGAAGAGGACUUUGACCUUUCAACAACUGCUCCUAGUCCUGCGGCAUCGGGUGAAAAAUUUGAUGUGGGUUCUGGAGAUCCACUGAUGGGCCUGGGUCUGGAGGAGAUCUUACGGCUGGUGCAAGUCUACGAGGAUACCGUUGGUAUCAUGUACCCUUGUGUCGAUUUGGCUAGUCUGCGUACAUAUGUUGUGGAGUUUCACCAUCAGUAUAAUCCAGCUAUCGACCGUGGGUCGGGUCGGGUACUGCCAGAUUCGGACCAAGAUUGGUUUCAUGCUCGAGACAUUCAGGUGCUGAAGAUUUUGUUGGCCACCGCCCUGCUUGUCGAAUCCCAUGGUCGAAGUGAGCGUGCGGCGCAGCUGGCAAAUAGUGUCGAGGACCGCUUUGCCAGUCGGCUCAAGGUAGCGGAGGUUGAUAUGAAGGAGAUUCUUAUCUUGUGUUUGCUGUCUAUAUUUCAUUCGUAUCGCGACGACGAAGUCAUUGCCUGGCGCUUAACCGGCAUGGCGGCCCGAGGUAGUAUGGAGCUUGGUCUACACCGUCAGGAUACUUGGCACAAGACAGGAGGUGUAUUCCCAGGUGCGUUGGAGUGGAUGUGGGCAAGUCGAUUAUUCUGGUGCAUCUAUGUACUAGAUCGGAAAUGGUGUUUUGGAACCGGUCUCCCUUUUGCCAUUCAAGAGUCAGACAUGGAUACCAACCUACCGGAGCCGGGUCAUUCCACCCCUUACUUGACAUGUAUGAUUUCGUAUUCCCGACUUAGCACGAAGGUUUGGGGAUUGGUCGUUGGCUGGCCCAACAGGUCGCGAGAGGCCACAGCAGAGAGAUGCGCAUUUCUAGAUGCACAGGUCCAGCAGUGGGUUCACUCGAUUCCAAAGGAGUUGCGAUUCGACCCAACCUGGCGCUCUUCUGCAGGACCAGAACACACCGAUCGAGCUAUGAUGCUGCAGGUGCUUCUUGCCCUACAAGCCAAUCAGCUUCGAAUUCUGGUAUAUCGGCAAAAUCUCAUGAGUAGUGAACGGAUUGCAGAAGACCUGCCUGGAGCCUCAACUGCAGUGGAGACGGCUAAAAGUACGGUUCAUAUGCUGGAUUACUUCAGCCGUGUCUCCAACGUCUAUUUCCAGUGGCCGGAGCCCUUCAACUACUUCUUGAUAUCGGCUCUUGCAGCCCUGUUUCUGGCUGUGCUACAUGCCCCGGCCCGUUUCAGUCAGGCCUGUCGACCAGAAUUCUACACAGCAGUUGACAUGGUGCGCCGCUCAGCCACGCGGGCUCGUACAUCUCGGCGUCUGCAAAAAAUCAUCCGCAGUCUGAAGCGAAUUCAGCUCAACGUAAACUGGCAAAAGAACGCCGGUCGCCAGCCAUCGGAUAGACGAUCCCGAGGUUCUCGUUCAAUUUCGGGCCCUUCUAUGGUCGCCGAUUCGAACUCCGGUGUCCCUCGGUCAAGGCAAGUCGAAUCUCGCAUACCAUGGGAAUCUACCCCGGUCUCUUCCAACGUUGAUUCUCCAUCGCUUCAUAACCCACCAAGUCUCUAUCAAACGCCUGGCAUGUCGACUCCACAACAAUCCUCCGCCACGUUUUGGCCUCUCUCGCCUGGUACAGCAGCGGAGGCAGACUCCAAUGAGUGUGAAGAUCUCAGUAGCUUCUUUGAGAUUGCGGGUGGACUAUACUUUGAUCCGAGGGCUGGCGCAGACUUUACGACCGGUGUAAAUAUUGGGAUGUCAAACUGUGGUACUGGCCGAUCACCGAAUGCCUUGGACGCAUUCCAGGCGGAGGAUGAGGCAUUAACACGCGUCAUGGCGGGCUUACUAUAA